GAUGGUUACAAAAAGAGAAAUACAACGAUAAAAUAGAGGAAAAGAUUUAGCAUAUUUCCAAGUUGUUAGAUGUCCACCUCAAACUACAACAGACAUAUAUAACAGUUAAAAAAGCAGCUUCAACACUUCCCCUGCUGUGGCCUUCGUAGAUUCCGCCCUUCUCCUUCUCCAAAAUCGCCACACACACACACUAGCUCUGCAACUCAUUCAUCUCAAUUCCCUCUCUCUCUCCCUCCAUGGAGAGCAUCGCCCUUUACUCGUCCUCCUCCACCACCACCGCCACUUCCUUCUCCCGUUUCUGUCUCCCCCGUCCCCGCCCCGCCGCCCAUCUCCGCCCCCUCAAAUCCACCUCCGCCACUCCCAAAUUCAUCCAUACCCCAACCAAUUGCCCCCUCUUCCGCCCAAUUCACAAAUCCACGCACCCAAGGCUCCCCAUUAUAUUCGCCUCCUCGUCCGCCGCCGCCGCCGCCCCAAUCGAAUCUAAGCCAUCAUCUCCUCCCCUACAAGGCGCCAAACUCAUCCCCUUAAUCAUCUCAGUCGCAAUCGGCGUCGUCGUCCGCUUCUUCGUCCCCAAACCCCCCGAAGUCACCCCUCAGGCGUGGCAAUUGCUCUCAAUUUUCCUCUCCACCAUCGCCGGCCUCGUCCUCAGCCCCCUCCCCGUCGGCGCCUGGGCUUUCAUCGGCCUCACCACCUCGAUUCUCACCAAAACGCUCAGCUUCACCUCCGCCUUCUCCGCCUUCACUAAUGAGGUUAUUUGGUUGAUCGUCAUCUCCUUCUUCUUCGCCCGUGGCUUCGUGAAGACGGGAUUGGGUGAUCGGAUUGCGACGUAUUUCGUAAAAUGGUUGGGGAAGAGUACUCUGGGAUUGUCUUACGGCUUGACGCUGAGUGAAGCGUUGAUUGCGCCGGCAAUGCCGAGCACCACCGCCAGGGCCGGAGGCGUGUUCUUGCCCAUCAUUAAGUCGCUCUCGUUGUCGGCGGGGAGUAAGCCCGGUGACCCCUCCAAGAAGAAGCUUGGAUCAUAUUUAGUGCAAUCGCAGUUUCAGUCUGCUGGUAACUCUAGUGGUCUUUUCCUAACUGCUGCAGCUCAAAAUCUGCUAUGUCUCAAACUCGCUGAGGAGCUUGGGGUUGUAAUUUCAAACCCGUGGGUUACUUGGUUCAAGGCAGCAAGUUUGCCUGCAUUUGUCUCUCUUUUGGCUACACCACUCAUCUUGUACAAGCUUUAUCCUCCUGAAAUCAAAGAUACACCUGAAGCCCCUGCCAUGGCUUCAAAGAGAUUGGAGCUUAUGGGACCUGUCACGAAAAAUGAAUUGGUCAUGAUUGGUACAAUGCUUCUUGCAGUUUCUUUGUGGAUUUUUGGAGACGCACUUGGUAUUGCAAGUGUUGUUGCUGCAAUGCUUGGUCUCUCAAUCCUCUUGUUAUUGGGAGUGCUUGAUUGGGAUGACUGCUUAAGUGAGAAAUCGGCAUGGGACACUUUGGCAUGGUUUGCAGUUCUGGUGGGCAUGGCUGGCCAAUUGACAAAUCUUGGCAUCGUGAGCUGGAUGUCUACUUGUGUAGCCAAAGCUCUGCAGUCAUUGUCGUUGAGUUGGCCUGCUGCUUUUGGUGUUCUUCAAGCUGCCUACUUCUGUAUCCACUACCUAUUCGCAAGUCAAACUGGCCAUGUUGGAGCGUUGUAUUCUGCAUUCCUUGCGAUGCAUUUGGCAUCCGGAGUUCCGGGUGUGCUAGCAGCACUGGCUCUAGCUUACAAUACCAAUCUUUUUGGUGCUUUGACACAUUAUAGCAGUGGUCAAGCUGCUGUAUAUUUCGGAGCCGGUUAUGUAGAUCUUCCGGAUGUAUUCAAGUACGGCUUCAUCAUGGCCCUUGUCAACGCGGUGAUUUGGGCAGUCGUUGGGGGAUUUUGGUGGAAGUUCUUGGGGCUCUAUUGAUUCCAUACAUUGGUGUAAGUAAGUUUUUGGUAUCUAUCGAUCUGAUCCAUGCUCGUCUUCAUUUUGAGACACAAUUGAUGGAACCUGAGAAAGCUUCAGCUGACAACUUAGGUUUGACACCUCUCUCUCAGGAUUUGUCCAAAAGAAAUUAUUUAUCUUCCGAGAACAAACAAGAAAUGCAUUGAGUUUAUUGAGCAAAAAAGCCAAGAAAGAGAGCUCUUGUUUCUUUUUUCUUUUUCCUUCUGUCAAGGUGCAUUUUUAUUUAGUUACAAAUUUAUCAUAAGAAAAAAAAGGAUUAAAAAAAUAAGAAAAUUUUAUUACAUUUUA